AUGAUUCAAGGUCCAUUUCGACGCUCUUCUCCGCAUUCGCCGGGUUUUCUUCUCUCUCUCUCUCUCCCGUCUGCUGAACCAAGAUGUAUCAUGCCCAAAUACAUGUAUCUACAUACACACUUCCUGCCUAACUACAUGUUUGUCGUUCAUAUAGUAGUAGUAUAUGGAUAUGAUUUUUUUUGUUUUUGUUUUUAUUCCAAUUGCCUGUUUACAAUUGUUGCAGGGCUAAUCUUAGUAAGACUAAUUGUUGACGAUCGAUCGAUCGAACAGAUCAGAUCAGUGAAAGUAAGAGUUAGCUCCUUGUCAACCUUUACCAGAGACUGUAUUCAUUGUGAAGCAGCCCAUAUGCUUGCUCCUUCUAGUAUUACUUAG